AUGUAUCGUAGCGAUUUAUGGAGUCUCGAGGAGGAAUCCAGACCUGGGAAUGCGGAUUUGUCUAAUGCUGAAGCGUACCAGCUGUUUGCUUAUAAACUUGACACAGCCCUUGCAGAAAAUAAGAAAACUAUCUUACGAGAACUGGAGUCAAGGACAUCCACCUCUACUGUAAAAGAUAAGAACGUUGAUUUUAAAUUAUCUCAUCAUAGAGAAAGAUUUAAUUUCCUGUCGGAAUUAAAAGAAAAUUUCGAAAAUAUAGAAAAACUUGUUCAACGUGGUGACCUUGAUGAUACUCAUAAAAUUAUUGUUGAAUCAAUUAGCAAAAUUAAAGAACAACAGAAAGUUAUCAGGAUAGCUGACAAGUAUGGUUGGGACGUCGCUAGAGAGUACAAGGAUGACCCUAUCACGGACAAUUCUGAAGACAGCCAACGCUUGCGGCAGGCAGAGCAGAGGGCCAAACGUAAGAGGUUUGAUUCUAACAUUAACAGCAAUCCUUUUCGUGGCUAUCGCAGUAAAUUUCAAUCCUCAAGAAUAUCGCCCUACCAGAGAAACCUCAAUGCCAACGACGCAAUCAACACUCCGUUCAGAGUCCAACCGGAUCAAUGCCUUUACUGCAAUGCCUUCGGUCACUGGAGCGUCAACUGCCCUCUUAAGAGAAGAGCUCAAGGCAUUACAAAACCAACAGCAACACAAACGACCCAGAGUACAGCCGCAGAUAGACAGUAAUCUGUCUUUGUCACAUUCACACUGGAAUGAACUAAAUAUACACAUGGAUGGACCAAUCGCUUUGUUGGCUAGACAGAUUCCUAGUUUAAUAGAUGCAUCAAAAUCGGACUCCACCUUGCGUAAAUAUAAAACUUAUUUUUCCAAAUUUCAAAACUGGUGUAAAAUGUAUGAUCUUGACUCGCUGCCGGCAUCGGCAUCUACGGUUUCACUUUAUAUUUCCUUUUUGGUUCAAGCUAAUUCAUCUUCUUCUGUUCUGACUGCUACUAUUUAUGCUAUUCAGUGGUAUCAUGACAAAAAUUUAUUUCCUAAUCCAUGUUAUGAAAAAUUGGUGAAACUUACUGCGGAAGGUGGAAGACGCAUUUUGGCUAAACCGUUUGUUAAUAAGAAGGAACCUAUCACUAUUGACAUUAUUGAAAAAAUCUUCAAAUCAAAAAAUGACAUGGAUAACUUGUGUCAUUUACGCACCAGAUUAAUAUGUGUUUUAGGAUAUGCAGGCUUUUUUAGAGCAAGUGAAUUGUGCAGCAUUAAAAGUUCGGACAUUAAGUUCCAUGAUGAGUAUGUUGAAAUCAAGAUCAGGAGCUCAAAGACCGAUAUAUACAGGAGAGGUAAUUCUGUUCAUAUAGCGAAAUCCAAUUCGCCUUUUUGUCCUUAUCAGUGUUUG